AUGGUGAACUUUAUUAAAAGUAGACCAAAGCAGUCAAGAUUAUUUUCCAGUCUUUGUGAAGAAAUGGGAUCUGCCCACGAAGGUCUUCUCCUCCACACGGAAGUUCGGUGGUUGUCAAGAGGCAGAGUGUUAUCCCGUGUGCAUGAACUAAGAGAGGAAAUUCUUCUUUUCUUUGCUCUUGAAGAGAAAACAGAAUUCUGCGAAUUACUGGCUGACGAAAUUUGGAAUGCAAAAUUAUGUUAUUUGGCAGAUAUAUUUGAGCAUUUGAACAAGGUGAAUGUAAGUAUGCAAGGGAGAAAUGAAAAUAUGUUAACAUGCACUGAUAAAAUGCAGUCAAUGAAAGAAAAAAUUAAGGUUUGGAAAGACAGGUCAAGUGAAGGUAAUAUUGACAUGUUUCAAAAGACUGCUGCAGCAAACAACACAGACAUUGUUCCACUCAUUACAGACCACCUUACAAGCCUAGAAAGGAGCAUUGAAAAAUACUUCCCAAAUAUAUCUACUGAAAGUUAUGAUUGGCUGAGAAAUCCAUUCGUGCUCGAUCCCUUACACAAGCCUCAACUUAGCACUCAUGAAGAAGAGGAACUAAUUGAUAUCCGAAAUGACUGCACAUUAAGACUGCAAUAUAUGGAAAUGUCAUUAGAAAGCUUUUGGAUUGAAAUGGAAAAACAAUACCCACAUAUUUCAAAAAAGGCCCAGAAAAUACUCUUGCAGUUUUCGACCUCAUAUUUGUGUGAACUGGGAUUUUCAGCACUAACAAAUAUAAAAACUAAGAAAAGAUGUAACUUGCUCUCUGUUGAAGAGGAAAUGAGAGCGUGUAUGUCAGCUGUCCCUCCCAACAUAGAGAGGAUAUGUAAAUCCAGGCAGGCACAGGUGUCUCAUUGA